CAACAGUUAGCCAAAGCUAGUUGUGUGAUUUAUGUUGUGCAUUAAGUAAAGGACGUUAUAAACAACAUGUCAGGGCAAACGUUAACAGUGACAGUUGCUUACGGAUCUGCUAAGCACAGCAUCACAUUAACUGGCCAGGAUGAGGGCAAAGGACCCAUUGUCAAAGACCUCUCAGAUGCUCUUGCCCAAGCCACUGGAGUUCCUCAAACGUCACAGAAACUCAUCUUCAAAGGAAAAUCCCUGAAGGAUGUGGAGGAGAGUCUGUCCAGCUACGGAGUAAAAGAAGGCUGCAAACUCAUGCUGAUUGGAAAGCGGAAUAGUCCUGAGGAAGAGUCUGAACUGAAGAAGCUGAAAGACAUUGAGAAAUCUGUAGAACAGAGCGCUAAAAAACUGGAGAAGGUCGACGGGGAGUUGACUGGACUCAAGAACGGCUUCCUUGCCAAAGACCUCCAGGCAGAGGCGUUGGGUAAACUAGAUCACCGAGUGAAAAUAGCAGCUGAACAAUUCAUGAAGAUUCUCGAGCAGAUUGAUACUAUGAAUAUCCCAGAGAAUUUCAAUGACUGCAGAAUGAAGAAAAAGGGACUUGUAAAGACCGUCCAGGAUUUCCUGGCACAGUGUGACAAGAUCGAGGCUUGUAUAGCGGACCACCAAUCAAAGAUCCAGUCGAAAAAUCUCGCCCUGCCGGAGUAAGCGAAGUGUCCCAUAUCAUGUGCUAAUCAUUGCUCUGUGAGCAGCUGUGUACAGAAAGCUUCACGAGUGGAUGCGAUCUUUGUCUAUUUAUUGUUGGGUUGAUGUGUAUGAGAGAGCCCUCAUCACAGUGAGUCCUGAGAACAGAAGGAGGCUGGUUCUUGGCUCUAUGUUAGGUACAUCUGGGAUAUGUCCUCUGGAUUCAAGAGAAAUGAAGAGCUCCUCAUGAAAUCAUAACAACAAACACUCUGUGAAAGUGUUUUGAUUUGUGGCAAAUAAUGUAGAUCAGAGGUUUUCAAAAUGUGAGCCCUGCCUCCCCAGAGGCACACCAAACUAUUUAAAGGGAGCUUAGUGAAAAAAUAUAUAGACAAUCGCAUAGAAAAACCUAAAUUAGUUUGGUUAAAGCUUUUGGGAAUUGUACUGUUUUUAUAACUUUCCCAGAGUCAGAGACUGAGUAAUGCCUUAAGACAGACUUUUUUAAAAUGUAUUUGGUGUAGUGUAAGUUGUGUGAAAAAACUAUUUGGCCAUGUCGCCUCAAUUGUUAAGUGGCUAUUGGAUGAUAGGCAUCCAUGAUUUGAGCAAAACAAAGCUAAUCAACAAAGCAAAGGGGGGUCGCCUUUCCCAAGCUUUGAGUUUUGAAAACCUCUGAUCUCUCUUUAAAGCCCCAAAUAACUACCAUGGUCAAAUUAUUCAAGAAAUCUGUUAAAACGUCAUCAGUUUAUCGUUAAGUAUCUCAAAUGGUUCAAUAAUACAGAGAACAUGUUGUUCAUCUCAUUGUGGUGUACCGACUGUUUUGAUGUAGAAGUUUGUACACACCUGGACAAAAAUAUGUGGACAUUAAUGACCAUCAAUCUGCAUACAGAUUUCAGUCUUUUAGAAAAUGGGUCUAUCACCAACUAGUAUCUUAUAUAUGGUAAACAUACGGUAUAUGGUCAUUUGAAACUCAACGACUGUUAACAUCUUUUGUUAUUUGAAAGUAAAGCAGCUAUUUUGUUCAUAUAUUUGCCGCUCUUCUUCAUCACAUGCUAGUAAACUGAAUAUGUUUAGCUUUCAGACAAAAGGGAACAUUUGACAGGCCUUUUUAAAAACAUGUUUUUUUUUUUUUUUCAGUUAAAAGUUGCUACACUAUUAAAAAAGAAAGAACAAGAAGUACAUAAUGCUGUCCACAAACCUUUUUGCCAUAUGUUGUGUAUUUAUAUUUCUACAUUGAGUCAGCAGCUCUAGUUCAAUCCGGUGACUGAUCCUGUGAACUUGCGUACCUUUGAAAUUUAGUGUGCACUGUUGAAUUGUUAUUGAUCUAAUUCAUCAUUAAAACUGACACAUCACAUCUAUUUUCCUUUGUUUUAAAAUAAAAUAUUUGAAAAUGCAA